GGGAUCGUUAUUCUGAUCUUCUAUGAUUACAUCACAGGACGGUCAGGCAUCGAGACAAGAGACUCUGGAACGGUGUCGGAUAAUUUCAUUGCAAAUCUCAAGAGUGUGAGAUCUGAAAGGAUAACCAGUCAUGUCCAAGUUAUAUCCGAGGUUUCCUUCAAUGGCAAAUAUUUUGCUGACAAGAAGUUUAAAACAAUUUUUGAGAAGGGGAUUCCAAGCAUGUUACAGCACCUCAUCAACCACUGAAACCCAAGAAAACACUCAACGUUUUUCAAUAUCAAACAGCAAUCCUGGAUUCUUAGAGGGAAAAUUCAUGGCUGCUGAUAAAUUCGGAACGUUAAAGGUCGAUGUUCCGUUUGACAUAUACAUCGAACCCCUGAAUGUUGACAAAUACCCAGACAUGAACAAAUUGUUUGUAAAAAUAUUGUAUGAUCUCCAGCCAGAGGAGAAGGUUGAUGCGUCAGUUUUAGUGGCCUUGAGACAGUGCUAUGAUUUCGAUGUGAAGAUUAAAGAUAGUAAAGACUUUACUGCAACGGGGAACUUUAAGUCAAAAGUGGAGUAUCCUGUCAAGUGUGUCAUUCAGCUGCCAAUGAAAUUUGAUCUCGAUGUAACGGCUAGAGGAUGUAAAACUCACAUUACAAACAUGGAAAGUGAACGAAUCCGAGUGGAGGCAAAGUCCGAACGGUCAUCUGCACGCUCGACCUGCGUUUUAAAAAAUAUAAAGUGUGGAACUGUGGAAGUUAAUGCAACAGACUGUGAUGUUACGAGUCAGAAAGUUUUACAGGGAAAUUCCAAGAUUACAGUCGAAGGACAUGGGAACAUUUCUACCGACAGACUGCAGGGGAUAACCAUUCAAUGUCACACAGAAACGGGCAACAUCUCAUCAACCUCAGUGUAUGGACAGAAUAACAGUUUCCAUAGCAACAAUGGAAACGUCACGCUCAGUAACUGUCAUGGAAAAACUCAGGUGAAGGUUAAAUCUGGAAAUCUAAAAAUAGAUGGUUUAGAGGGAGAUUUAACUGGUACAAUUGAUGAAGGAAACACAGAUCUCUAUGUAACAAAGCCAGAUAAUAUAGCCAUUACAACUGAAAAAGGUGACAUAAAAUUAAAGGUUCAGGCUGAUGUCGAUGCUUCAUUUGACCUCAGAGGGUCAGAAGUACGAUUUGACAGUUCACUCUCAUUUAAUGAUCUCAAGUUUUCUGACGAUGACCCCAGAUUUUUGAAAGGUAAUCUUGGUGAGUCAACUGGUAGCGUCGCUGCAGUUACUGAAGAUGGCAGCAUUUCUGUAGAGGCACACGACUGGUUAAAAUCACUUAACCUUGAUAAUAAAUUGUAGGAGGUUUUACAA